GUUCGAGGUCAUUCUUAGCUACAUAGUUUGUGGCCAGCCUGGGCUAUAUGAGACGCUGUGAAGUAAAAUUAAAAGAUUAGGACCUGGGACUGCGCAGAGACCAGAGCGUGGUGGUGUUUGGGGACUGAUAGGGGCAGAUGCCCGGUGGAUCAGUCGGUGGGCUAGUCCAGGCGGGCGGCUUAGGGGAGGCAUGCAAAGUGAAGUGUCUAACCACUGCCAGGCCUGUGCCCAGCAGGCAGGAGGGUCAACGCUGGGCCCAGGACAUUGAGAGUAGCACCUUGGCACAUUAUGAGGGAAAGUUCCAGCACCAUUGUGACUCGCUUCACCCUUGGGACACCCUAGGUCAGACAGGCAGGCUAGUGGGACUCUGUGGACAGAGUGGGCUGGGGGCCUAUGGGCCCUGGUGGCCCUGGGGACCACCAUGGCCAUGGCUGAGCGGCCACGGCCCGGAUGGGCUUCGUACCACUACCCCAACACCAACAACUGCCAGGACAUGGGCAACUCCAUCCUGUUGCUGUUGGGCCUUGUCAUCUGUAUUAACAUUGGCAUCAAUAUGGUGACCCUGCUCUGGAGCCGACUACGUGUGGUCUUACGCCGAAUGUUCCAUAUCCUUUGUGAGAAAGACGCUGCCAAAUCGUCCUCACCGGGCACGGUGACCAAGCCUGCAAAGAAGCAGAGCCACCCCGAAGUUCAUCUUCGAUGCACCAUGGACCCCGUGAAAAUGACCGUGACACCCCCGCCCGCUCGCCGUCGCCAUCGAGCCUCUCUGUCUCAUCGCCCCCGUCGUGCCUGCCGCCCAGUAGCCUGCACCCUCGACACUGAGGACGAGAAGCCCCCACGUCAGCCCCCAGCAAUCUGCUCCCACCAUUGGGAUGGCCCCAGAGACUGGGAUGACUUCCAACCCAUCCAGCAGGUCUGGGAUCUCUGGACGCAGGAUGCCCCAGAGCCACAUCCCCAGACCAUCCAUUUCCAGCCGUCAGUAGAGGGAAAGCCUCUCAAAUCGGAUGUCCACUCUGAGCUGGGCCUAGAGGCCUAUGUAUACACGGUGAACCCGCCACCUCCAAGCCCAGAGGCUUUGAGCCGCAAGAACAAUGGGGUGGGGGUGGGGGCAGGUGCCCAGGGUGAAGAAGCGCAGUGCCAGCCUGCCCCCCUGACCUUCCUGGGCCCAGCAAACGUCCCUGAAAUCCCCCAGCGCCGCUCCUCAGGCCGAAUAGUAUAUGAUGCCCGAGACGUAAGACGGCGACUUCGAGAACUCACUCGGGAGGUGGAGGCCUUAUCCCACUGUUACCCUUUGGCCUCGGGGUCCAGCACUACAAGGACGGACUGGGUGUAUCGCCCCCUAAAGGGAAGGUGA